CUCACGACUCUGCGUCACCAGUCCGAGUCGAGUGGCCAAGCCAACUCUCGCCCAUCAUCAUCAUCGCCGCCGCCACCACCAUCACCACGACGCUCAUAUCCCUUCAAACUUCCAAGCAGUGGCCACCUUUGCAUCUCCUUCCUCAACAUCACACGGACCCAUCAUGCCUUCUGCCGCACAAGCGUCCACAUCGGCCUCUGCCUCCGCCUCCGCCUCGAAGCGGGCCAGGUACGAUCCGGAACAGUCGGCUCAGGAGAAGCGUCACGUCAGAAAGGUGUACAGGGAUCUCAUCAGCGCCACAGAAGUGAAGCGCACAAAGAUAGCAGAAGCCAGCGCCAAGGAUCUCUCCAGUCUCGUCCUGCAAGGCAACGAGGCGUACGCCAAUGUUCGAGCACCCACAGAAGGAGUGCUAGACUCUCGCUUUCUUUUGAACGCGUCCGAAAUGGGAGCACAAAUGGCCAAAAACAUCAAGAUGGCUUCGGGCGCAUUCGACACGGAAGAGUACCUCGCACGCGUGGUCAAGUUUAUCGCUGGCAGUGCGCGUGCCAGGCGUGCCGCUUCCGCUGAAAGCGAUGCGCGAAGCGAUGACCACGAGGAGGAGGAGGAUGUGCAUGCGUGGCAUUGGGAUAGAUUGGGUCAACUGGCUGCCAGAUACUCCAGGAGAGCACCCACGCUCGAUUUUCUACUCGGUCCAUUGGAGACCUCGCAAAAGGAGCGCAAGGGGAUGAAGAGGGCUCGCAUCGACAAGUCUGGCCCCAUGGUCGCUCCACAAGAGCUCAAGGAGUCUGACAUUCAACAAUCCGAGACAGAGACUACGCGCAUGGUGCGAGAAGUUGCAGACGUUUUGGAGCAGGUAGGCGGUGCGCCCGGAUGUCACCUGUUCAGAUUCGUGCUGGAUCCAAAGAGUUUCAGCAAUUCGGUCGAGAAUUUGUUCUACGUCAGCUUUCUCAUACGCGACGGCAAGGCGUCGCUGGAGGAUGAUGAAGAGACGGGGGAGCCGAUUUUGAUGGCUGUGGACGAGCCUACAGAGGAAGACUACGCGCAGGGACUGACUCGCAGACAAUUGGUGUUGGAGCUGACCAUGCCAGUGUGGGAGGAAUUGAUCCAAUUGUACGACAUCAAAGAGUCUAUCAUUCCCACGCGAAAAGAAACGACGACAGCGUUGCGACCUGGCGGGUGGUACGCAUAGGCGUGCGUGCGCGCGCGCGUCUCGAUUCCCAUCAAGCCUUGAGCAUGUCGUGGCCUGACAUGGCGGGUUGCCGUGCUCUUGUAGGAUUUCGUCUGUUUCAGCUCGUCUUCUGACUUGCGGUCCUUGAGAGGACCUUCCUCUGUGCGCGCACGACAAGGGAGGGGGAGAGCAUGAGCGUCGAGAGCGCCUGUGUCCACACACAACGGGAAUCGUCGGGGGGGGCGGCGGCGGCGAGCAAGACUCACGAGCGAGAUGCCUCUUGCAGUAAGCAGCGACCUUUCUCAUGUGCUGCAGAUCCUCUUCCGUAUACUUGUCCUCCUGCUUUUUGGGGUUGCGCUUCAAAAUGUCCACAAUCUUGCGACCAGAUUCGUGACC